GCGGUAGUUUGAGUGGAGAGGCAGGUGUUGGUUCAGCUACCGCCGCGGACAACACCGGACCUUGCCAGCCAUGACUUCGGCCCCUGCGGAGGCGGAGACCCGGCAGAAGCUGCUGCGCACCGUGAAGAAGGAGGUAAAGCAGAUCAUGGAAGAGGCUGUCACACGCAAGUUUGUCCAUGAGGACAGUAGCCACAUCAUCUCCUUCUGUGCGGCAGUGGAAGCCUGUGUCCUGCAUGGGCUGCGUCGGCGGGCAGCUGGCUUUCUGCGCAGCAACAAGAUUGCAGCUCUCUUCAUGAAGGUGGGAAAGAGCUUCCCGCCAGCAGAGGAACUGAGCCGCAAGGUCCAGGACCUGGAGCAGCUGAUUGAGAAUGCGAGAAACCAGAUCCAGGGCCUCCAGGAGAAUGUGCGGAAGCUCCCGAAGCUGCCCAACCUGUCCCCGCUCGCCAUCAAGCACCUGUGGAUCCGCACAGCCUUGUUUGAGAAGGUCCUGGACAAAAUUGUGCAUUACCUGGUGGAGAACAGCAGUAAAUACUAUGAGAAGGAAGCACUCCUAAUGGACCCUGUGGAUGGCCCCAUUCUCGCAUCUCUCUUGGUGGGGCCCUGUGCCCUGGAGUACACCAAGAUGAAGACGGCAGACCACUUCUGGACUGACCCCUCGGCUGACGAGCUGGUCCAGAGGCACCGCAUCCACAGUUCACACCUGAGGCAGGACUCACCCACCAAGCGGCCAGCCCUCUGUAUCCAGAAGAGGCAUUCGAGUGGCAGCAUGGAUGACCGGCCAUCCCUCUCUGCACGUGACUAUGUGGAGUCCCUGCACCAGAAUUCUCGAGCCACCCUACUCUAUGGCAAGAACAAUGUUCUGGUUCAGCCGAGGGAUGACAUGGAGGCUGUGCCAGGGUACCUGUCCCUGCACCAAACAGCUGAUGUCAUGACCUUGAAGUGGACACCCAACCAGCUGAUGAAUGGGUCCGUUGGGGACCUGGACUAUGAGAAGAGUGUCUACUGGGACUAUGCCAUGACCAUCCGCCUGGAAGAGAUUGUCUACCUGCACUGUCACCAACAAGUGGACAGCGGUGGGACGGUGGUGCUGGUCAGCCAGGACGGCAUCCAGAGGCCACCCUUCCGCUUUCCUAAGGGUGGCCACCUCCUCCAGUUCCUCUCGUGCCUGGAGAAUGGGCUGCUCCCCCAUGGUCAGCUCGACCCACCACUGUGGUCUCAGCGAGGCAAGGGCAAAGUGUUUCCCAAACUACGCAAGCGAAGCCCCCAGGGUUCCUCUGAGUCCACGUCUUCUGACAAGGAGGAGGAUGAGGCCACAGAUUAUGUGUUCCGGAUCAUCUAUCCUGGCAUGCAGUCUGAGUUUGUCCCCCAGGAUCUGAUGGAUGUCUCUGUGAGCAGCCUCCCUUCCCUAUGGCAACCUAGCCCCCGGAAAUCCUCCUGUUCAUCCUGUUCACAGACCGGCUCCGCUGAUGGUAGCUCAAACAGUGGCUGCAACCAUGAAAGGGCUCCUCUGAAACUUCUGUGUGACAACAUGAAGUACCAGAUCCUUUCCAGAGCUUUCUACGGAUGGCUCGCCUACUGCAGACACCUGUCCACUGUGAGAACCCACCUGUCGGCUCUUGUCAACCACAUUAUUGUGUCUCCAGACAUGCCCUGCGAUGCUGGGCAGGGGCUGACGGCUGGGAUCUGGGAGCAAUACCUGCAGGACAGCGCAAGUUAUGAGGAGCAGGAGCUGCUGCGCCUAAUCUAUUAUGGAGGUAUCCAGCCAGAGAUCCGCAAGGCAGUGUGGCCCUUCCUCCUCGGCCAUUACCAGUUCGGGAUGACAGAGACAGACAGGAAGGAGGUAGAUGAGCAGAUUCAUGCCUGCUAUGCACAGACCAUGUCUGAGUGGCUGGGCUGCGAGGCAAUUGUGCGCCAGAGGGAACGGGAGUCACAUGCAGCUGCUCUGGCCAAAUGCUCAUCCGGAGCCAGCCUGGACAGCCACCUGCACCGGAUGAUGCACCGGGACUCUACCAUCAGCAAUGAGUCCUCCCAGAGCUGCAGUUCCGGCCGCCAGAACCUCCGCCUGCAGAGUGACUCCAGCAGCAGCACCCAGGUGUUUGAGUCCGUGGAUGAAGUUGAGCAAGUGGAGGCAGAGGGCAGGUUGGAGGAGAAGCAGCCCAAGAUCCCCAAUGGGAACGUGGCAAAUGGCACUUGCUCCCCAGAUUCUGGUCAUCCUUCUUCCCACAACUUCUCUUCCGGCCUCUCUGAGCAUUCAGAGCCCAGUCUGAGCACAGAAGACAGUGUCUUAGAUGCCCAGCGGAUCAUGCCUCCUGUGCUUCAGCCUGGGGACAGCAGUGUGGAUGAUGGGCAGAGCAGUGAGGCCACCACUUCCCGGGAUGAGGCCCCUCGGGAGGAGCUGGCUGUGCAGGACAGCCUGGAGAGCGACCUUCUGGCCAACGGGAGCAUGGAUGAGUUCAUGUCCAUCACUGGCAGCAUGGACGUGGCCCUGCCCGAAAAGGACAGUGCCACAAUGGAGGGCUGGCGUGGUGGGGAGGAAAAGCACAGCCAGGCGGACAGUGAGGACAACCUCUCGGAGGAGCCGGAGAUGGAAAGCCUCUUCCCUGCCCUGGCUUCUCUGGCUGUGACCACUUCUGCCAACAGCGAGGCAUCCCCUGUGUCUUCCAGUGGGGUCACCUACUCUCCUGAGCUGCUGGACCUGUACACGGUUAACCUACACCGCAUCGAGAAGGAUGUGCAGAGAUGUGACCGCAACUACUGGUACUUCACACCCACCAACCUGGAGAAGCUGCGCAAUAUCAUGUGCAGCUACAUCUGGCAGCACAUUGAGAUCGGCUAUGUCCAGGGCAUGUGUGACCUUCUGGCUCCACUUCUGGUCAUCCUGGAUGACGAGGCCCUGGCCUUCAGUUGCUUCACGGAGCUCAUGAAGAGAAUGAACCAGAACUUCCCCCACGGGGGUGCCAUGGACACUCACUUUGCCAACAUGAGGUCCCUGAUCCAGAUCCUGGACUCAGAGCUCUUUGAGUUGAUGCAUCAGAAUGGGGACUACACCCACUUCUACUUCUGCUACCGCUGGUUCCUACUGGACUUCAAGCGAGAACUCAUCUAUGAUGACGUCUUCUCUGUCUGGGAGACCAUCUGGGCGGCCAAACACGUGUCGUCUGCCCACUAUGUGCUGUUCAUCGCCCUGGCACUGGUGGAAGUCUACCGGGAUAUCAUUCUGGAGAACAACAUGGACUUCACUGACAUCAUCAAAUUCUUCAAUGAAAUGGCUGAGCGGCACAACACAAAGCAAGUCCUGAAGCUGGCCCGGGACCUGGUGUACAAGGUGCAGACGCUGAUCGAGAACAAGUGAACAUGCCGUGUCCUGACCGCACCGCCAGCCACCAGCUGCUGUCCUCCUGCCCCCAUCCCUUGUGCCAGCCCAGCCCGGCGCAGGGUCCUGGCAUCUGCCUACGUGGACUUCUGUGUAGAGAGAAGAGACCCUGACCUUGGCCAUUGGGAAAGUGGGGUUAACCGGGGACCCUUCAGUUCAGCCUUACGUUUUUCGUUUGACCAAAGAUUGCCCUAGUCUGGAGUUCUCCCUCGCAGACUGGAGAUGGUAGGUGAAUGGAGGAAGUGUCUUCCUCCCCACUGUCCUCCUCUUUCUUCUGGCCUUCAUCUUUUUUGAUGAGGCCAGGGUAAGUUAUUCCUUAGGAAAUUGGUAUCAGAGAGAUCUCUGGGACUCCCCUUGUCCCUUGGAGGGCCUCUGGGCAAGUUCUAGAACCUGCCUGCAAGCCUGGCUCUGAGCAGCGUUGUCCCCCUUCAACACUGCUGACUGGAAGCCAGAGAAUAGCUUGUACUGAGAACUGUCCCAUGCCCUGGAGGAUGGUAAGCAGCUUCCUGGCUGCUGCCCACCAACUGCCGGUGGAACCUCCCCUGUUCUCACCCAGGUGUGACAGCCAGCCCAGUUCUCAUUGUAGAGUUCCCCUCUGUCCGCCUCCCCAGUUUAGAAAAUGCUCACAGACCCUUCACGCAUCCCUGCUGGAUCCCAGGGUCCAGGGGUUGUGUUUGCUUAUUUUUCCUCCUUUGUCUGAUGCCAGGAGAUACUUUUUUCUUCUUUUCAAGAGAAGCACUUUCCUGCUUUCAGAGUGGAACCUGAGAGGUGUCUGUAUGCACAAGAUAGUCUAAAGCACUUUGAGGUCCUACCUGGAGCUGAGGCAGGGCCUCACUUCUGAGGAAGACCUCACUUCCUGUCCACAUACCAGGGGGCUACAGAGACUUGGGGAGUUAUGUGUUGGUGGCUACUCCUGGGCUUUUCUGUAAGCACCUUUACUCAGGAUAAAGGAAGAACUAACUAGAUGGGGACUACGAGGUGAUGUUGGGAGGUGUUUUCCCUGGGAAACGUGCUUCUCUGAGGCUGCUACCAGAGCUGGGCCUAGGGAUUGUCCCCUUCAUGCAGGGGCCAUUCAUCCCCAGACAGAUACUGAGUGAGCUAGGACAUGCCUACCUGGCCCACCAGGGAGUUUCCUGGCCACCUUUCCUGCUCAGAGAAUGUCCCAGCGGGAGGACAGCAGGAGGUGGGAGGAAGCUCAGGUGGUCCGAGUGACUGCUGUGGUUUAGAGAGUGAGCAGCCAGGGAAAGCAGAUUGAAGCACUGGCAGAGGGCAUCGCUCAGUUCUGGACUGGGUGGGCCCUACCCAGCGAGCUGCCACUUCCACUGCAUCUGAGCCCCACACUUGGCCCGGAGGGACGGAAUGGACUGCGUCCCGGAGGGAGCUGUGGAGCUGUGA